GGAAAGGGGAGCGGAGGCUCCUGGCGGGGGGCUGGGAGCCCGGGCCGCCGGGUGGGGGCGGCAGCUGGAAGACGAAGAGGGCCGGCCGGCAGCGGUUGCCAGUGCCUGCGAGUCCAGGAGGCAAUCUCCCUUCAAUUAGAUGGGAUCAGGAGCAUGACAUGGAAUUUGGCUAGAUGGUGAAUGAGCAGAUAUAGUAACUGAUGAUGAUUAAAUACAGCUGGACUUGCUGAGGAAGGCAGAAGACUGGCAAGUGCUGGAGUCUCAAGAAAAUGCCAGGCGUUCCUAAGAAGCCAUGAUCACACUGAUAACUGAGCAGCUACAAAAGCAGAGCUUGGAAAAAUUGAAAUGCAUAUCAUUCAGCAUCAACCUGGGGCAGAAACAGCUGUACAAAGAAAUUCCCUCCACAGACUAUCCUUGUAACCUAAGGAGAGCUGAGCUGACUUGAAAAACCAAGGAUAAUAUGCUCCUAUAUCAAAACAUAAAUUAAAAGGGAGUGAUUCAGUGGAAUAUGAAGCAUGUGCUUCCUGAUUCUUUUUAGGUCUGGAGUCCAUGGUGAACGUGCCUGGAAAUUAAUACAUUAUAGCAGCACAAAGUCCCUGCAGGUGCAGCCAGGAAUAGAACUUAUCUUUUCCAUCCAGAAGUUUGAACACUGAGGUGUAGACUUCCAAGAAUGGGAUGUGGCCUAAUGAAGCUUUUGCAGGAAAGCCUUUGCCCGAUCAUGCUAAUGUGGCCAGCUGUGGCAGCCCCUUCCAGAUAACGCCUGAGGGGACUUCAUGGAGGGACCUAGCUCCCUGUCCAAAGAUCCAUCUCCAAGACAACACAGUUCCUUACCAACAGUCCAGCCUAAGCCUUCCCUUGCCAACUUGCAGCCCAGAAAACAGCCCUCUGAACAAUCUUGCAUCCCAAGCACUGGCCACCAACUCUUUAGUUUCAGAAAAAGUUUCUGUGCCCCCUACCAAAAGACACUGUCGUUCACUCUCAGUGCCCGAAGACCUUUCCCGCUGGCAAGCUGUCUGGAGACCCCUGGGCUCCAAAGUGUGGACACAUAUCAAACGUCGGGAGACCAGUGGAGUGGACACUUUAGCAGUACAAUCCCAGAACCUGGUUCAGGAAGCCAACAGACUUUGCUUCAAUCCAGUCCCCAGUGCCUCUUAUCAGUGUGUUCAAGAUGGUGCUGUUGGUGGCAGGAGCCCACCGUUUUUCAGUCUGGCUCUGUCUCGAGAAUCGCCAGCAAGCGUACCAUGGGAGGCUGGAGAGACAUUGCAGCCCUACCCUCUGCAACGCCGUUUCUCUCUGUCACCGGUCAGAUUCUUGCCAUCCCCGCAGAGCUCUACCACUUCCACACCAGAGCUCCUUCGGCACCAGCACAGCCUCCCUCGCAGCCGCUCACAGCCUUGUGACUUGGACACCAGGAAAUGUGGUCUCAAGCGGCGCCAUGAAGAGGAUGUGAGGUGGCAUCGGCCCUCACUUGAUUUCUACAAGAUGAAUCAGAAACCAUUUGCAGGGGAAGUCUGUCAGUUAGACAAAUCUGAGGAAAGUGGCUAUCCAUCAUGGCUCUUGACUUGCAGCCCACAAUCACCCUCAGCUCCUUGCAGUCCCAUUAAUAAUUGUAUCCAGGUGCUCAGUGAAAGCGAAGAAGAUGAUGAAGAAGAAGCAGCAGCAGUACAAGCAGCAAGACAAAUAAAUUGGAAUUUAGCAAGCAAAAGGACACUCUUCCAACCAGACUUCAGUGAUCUGGAUCUAACUUUGAUUGAAGAGAACUAGCAUUUUGGAUGUCUCCUUGAAAAACUGACUUUGGAGUCAGCAGCAAAGGGGAGGCUGCACUCCUGGAUGAGGGUGGGGGAGCGGGGUGGGGGUAGAAGGGAAAGUGGAGGUAGGAUAACGGGGUUUUGUCUGCUUGUUUCUUUUGUAUUAAAAGAGAAAAUAAAAAGAAAUUACUAAAGGGAGUCGUAUGUCUCUAAGAUGGGAUGAUAAAGCCUGUCAAACAUGAGACAGGAAGAAAACCUUGUCAGCAAUUUGACAAAUUUGCUUUUCUUGGCAAGCUUUUUGGUCUGUCCCAGAU